AAAAUUAUUACGGGUUGAUCAAAGCUACAGUCUCUCCACCUAGGGGCUUACUACACCCCGUGCUGCCACACCGCUGCAAUGGCAAAUUGAUGUUCCCCCUCUGCAGGACUUGUGCUGUAGAAGAGAAUCAGACCAGCCCCUGCGAGCACAGUGAUGAUGAGCGCUCCAUUUCGGGGUGUUGGGUUAGUCUUGAGCUGAUGAAGGCUAUUGAAAAGGGCUACAUUGUUACCAAGGUUGAUGAGGUCUGGCAUUUUUCUCAGAGAUCUGACACAUUGUUUUCAGACUAUGUGAAGACAUUUCUCCAAUACAAGCAGGAAGCUAGCGGAUACCCUGCCCAUGCAGUGACUGAUGAGGCUAAAGAGGCCUACAUCGAGGACUAUUAUGAGAAGGAGGGGAUUAGGCUGGAUCCUGAUAAGAUCUGUUUGAACCCAGCCGUAAGGCAAAUAAACAAGUUGUUGCUCAACAGCCUCUGGGGUCGCUUCUCUAUGAGAGAGAAUUUGCCCACCACCGAAAUGGUGAAAGACCCCGAGCAGUUUGCCCGAUACAUUUUUGGUUGUGAAUAUGAUGUCACACACUUUUCAUUUGUGUCUGAUGAUGUGGCCUUAGUCCAAUGGCGUCAUGUUGAGGGGAGUUGUGUACAGACCUCAGACAUAAAUGUGUUUGUGGGUGCAUUCACCACCGCUCAUGCUCGCCUUAAAUUGUACGAGCUUAUGGACAAAUUGGGUGAGCGCCUUUUGUACACAGAUACUGACAGUGCGGUUUAUGUCUCAAAGGAUGGCGAUUGGGAGCCGCCGCUGGGGCCCUAUUUAGGGGAUCUCACAAAUGAGCUGGAUGAUGGUGACUACAUCACAGAAUUCUGUUCAGCCGGACCGAAGACUUAUGGCUAUCGCACAGCCCGGGGUAAAACCUGUAUGAAGGCGAAAGGCGUCACGCUUAAUGCAGAGAAUUCAAAACUGAUCAGAUUGGACACCCUCAUUGGCCUUGUUGAUCAUUAUGUGACUGACAGAGAUAGUACACGACACAUACGGGCUCGAACUGAUAAUAUUGUGCGUAACAAGAAACAUCUCAUUCUAAAAAACAAAACUGGUGAGAAGAGGUUCAGGGUUGUUUACAACAAGAGGGUGCUACUACCCGACUACACAACUAGGCCAUACGGAUACUAAGGGGUAUAUGUCUAUCAUGGAUAAAUAUAACACUGACUUAAAAGAGGCCCCUGUAUACGAUUUCAGACUACAGCAUCCAUUUUCUUGUGUGAUAAGCGGGCCUUCUAAUUCUGGCAAGACAUUUUUUGUAAAACAGUUGAUAGCCAAUAUCGACACCCUUAUUAGUGAUGCAAUUGAAAAUAUAGUGUAUAUUUAUGAUUGUUGGCAACCACUUUAUGACGAAUUGUUAAAGCUGAGAGAUGUCAAAUUUAUUCAAGGAAUACCUAACGCUCUAGAUGAUGAUGAGUUAUUACCCAUAUCAAAAACUAACCUGCUAAUUAUUGAUGAUGUGAUGAAAGAUGCCAGCAAUAAUACAGAAAUAGAGAAGGUGUUCACACAGUAUGUACAUCAUCGUAAUCUUAGUGCCAUUUACAUGGUUCAGAAUCUGUUCUUUCAGGGGAAAUCUAGCAGAACAAUCAGUUUGAACACUAAUUAUCUAAUUGUUUUCAAAAACCCUAGAGAUAACAACCAAAUCAGUGUAUUAGCGAGACAGAUGUACCCCGGUAACACAAAAUUCUUUCUUGAAUCUUUUAAAAAUGCCACUGAGAAACCCUACGGAUAUUUGUUGAUUGACUAUAAACCAAAAACCCCAGAUUUGUACCGCCUCAGAACAGAUUUGCUUUUGGAGCAUCAGGCUGUCUAUGUGCCGAAGAAAACAAACUGAGACACCGAUAUGUCUGAGAGAAUCGGUAGAAAUUUGCCUCUUUUGAGGCGUUUACUUAAAGCUAAACCGCCCCAGAGACGUGUCAUUUUACAUUCUGCGUCAGAUGAGUUAAUCUUAGCUCUCUGCGAGGUGACACUGAAUAUUCUUCGUGGUACUAUACCCUUAACAGCUAUACAAUAUAAAAAACUACGUAAAAAUAAGAUUUUGAUAAAGUUACUGGCUGACAAGAAAAUUGGCCUACGCACAAAGAGACGCACUAUUAACCAGAAAGGUGGAUUUCUCCUGCCCCUCUUGAGUGUUGCUCUGCCGUUCAUAACCAGUCUGUUUACAUCAAGACAGAGUUAGAAGUAAUGGAGUACGCUGAGAAAAUGUAUCUGAUACCACAAAGACAAUUGGACCGUUUAAAAAAUGAUGUCGUAACUACCCCACUGCGCCAGUCUGUUGAAAACGAGUUGGAAGUAGCUAUGAAAAAUGUUUUGAGUAAAACACACCUGACCCCUCAUGAGAAGGCCCUGCAUUAUACGUCAUUAUUACAGAGAUAUUUGGCCCUGGUUAAACAGGGGGACCUUGAGACGAACACACUGACACUGAGUUUACCACUGCAGUCAUCAUCCGAUGAUGUGUCACAGAGUUUAGCAGUACAGGCUGCGCCCCCCACUUUUGAGAACAAUCAGGUAGCCUCUGAGGUUUUAAAAAAUGUACCCCUGAGAAGCAAAAGGAAUGCCGAGUAUAUAUUAGCAAAGAUGUACAACUCUCAAGGCAUAGCAUCGUGGGACGAUUCUGGGUCUUUUGUUUUUAACGGCACAACCAUUCCAGGUACGCAUGUGUUUGAUCUGGUAAAAAGUAUCACCGGGCCACAAGCUGUGAGCCAUCGCAGGCGACCUCAAGGAUGGCAUGAAUUUCUGAGGGCUAUUGCUAUGCUAAACAUCCCUCUUUCUACAAUACCAAAUAGACUAGUUAAAGAUUCAAUCACAGCACUGAAAAGAAAUAGUACACCUACUCAUACACCAGUUAGAGCGGUAUCAGAAUCCCCUGGUUUUUCAACACCUCAAUUAGAUGCAACAGCAUGGCUUGAAUUUUAGAAAAUCUUGUAAUGAUUACUAUGCAUUGCUUAUGUCUAAUGUUCACAGAUGUUGUAAUAUUUUGUAAAUUGUAAUUUUUCUGCUUUGUUUUUCUUAUGUUUAUAAUGUUUUAUAAGGUUGUAUGACUUUUGAUACAUGUAUGACUUAUAAUGUGUGUAUUUCUAUCCUUUUGUUUUUCAAUAAAAACACCCAACUCUGAAAUGUCAUUUGACAUGUUUAUUUAUUAUGAAGCCUUUUCAACACUUUUUUAGAUACUUAUCAUUGAUCUGUGCAUGCUGCACACAUGUGAAUAUAUUACACAUGCAUUUACAACCUUGUAAUUUUUUCACAAUUAAUGACACCAUAUUAUCAUUUCUAUUUAAAUUUUCAGAAUAUUUAAGCAUCACAUCUUCAUAGCCUAACCCUCUCAACAUAUGAUACAGAAAGAAAACACAAUGUUGACCACAUGUGAUAGACGUAAAGUCUUGCACCUGCUGGUUUGAAUAUAGCAGACGUUUACCCAUGUUUUUCAGAAAUGUGUAUAUGCUUGGAGGAAAUAUAUCACUGUCUGGACGGUUCCCGAAGCUGUCGAAGAAACACACAUCACCUUCUUCAGUUAUGUACGUAGCUAACCAGUGUUCACCAGAUGUCUUCCUGUGGAUAACACCAAUUGGUAAAACUCCCGUACGGCAGACGCUUCAUUAAAUUUCGGCUGUAGCGGCUUAGACGGGUAUUGUUGUCCAUCUACAUAAACGGCUAGGAAUUCCAGAUCAUAAUGUUUAAACGCAUAAGGAUUUUUUGUGUAUGAACCAGUAUGGGCAUCAUUAUCGACCAUUGCUAAUAUGAUGGAUUUUGGUAACGCCCCCAGAAAUAGGUUUUCCUGAUUAGCCACCCGCGUACCAGCGGGUAUUGAGAAAUUUUUUAGACAUACUCUAUCAAUAGGGUAUUUAGCAGUGGUGGACUGCAAUGCUUGCGCAUGACCCAGUCUCACAGCCGGAGAUACAGAAACUUUCUUCACAAAAAGACUUGCUGAAAGAAUGUUGAUUUUGUAUGCUACAGCAUCACUGCGCAUUAAACAGAAUUCAUCCUUCGCUCUAGUUAGUCUUAUUUUGAUAUCAAUUCCGUUUAACAUCAAUUUUUCUUGAAAAAAUAUGUCGCUGUGGAUUGGAGCUAACAAUUCUACAACAUUACUCGAUUCAGAAAAUGCAGCUCUCUUUGUGAGACCUUCGUUGGCCCCUCCAGGAUCCCCGACAUCCAUAUGGCCUGCUGUAUCUUUGUAAAACAGCCCCGCAGAGAAAAUGGUCUCCAGGGCCUCACGGUCAUAAUUCAAUAGACAAUCUAUAAUACAGCGGUAUGGAUAGGUGUUUGAGCUCUGCGAUAUGAGCCGAUCCCCCAGUGUUAUGUCGACCUGAGAGAAGAUUGAGCCGCCAGGGUAGUUUAUCAAACCCACAGGCGCCCCCGCUGGUAGGUCCGCCCCGUUGGGUAAGGUGAUUUUUAACCUUGUAUACAAUAGCGAAUUAUUCAAAUCAAUAUAGUCUUGACCAUUUCCCGCGACAAAAAACUCCAGGGGUCCUGUGUCUGACAGAGCUGAUAUGGGAGGUAUCUCAACAUAGGUGUUUUUCUCUAUAGCCGUUUGAGUCAUAGGCACUGUAAAAAGAUCCAACUCAGAUUUGACACACUCCGCCGACAUGCCGUGUAUCAGAGCCAUGGUUAGAAUAUGGAUUUACGCCUCUUUUUAGCAGGUCUACUCCCCCGGUGUUUACUCUGAGCCUUCCUUUUCGACACUGAUCUUUUCUUAGCCUUUACAUUGUUUUUCUUUGUGUAUCUUCCUCUUCUCACACCUGGCGGUCGUUUCAUGUGUCUACGUUGCAUUACUAACACCCCCGACCCCUCUUGACUGUUGUGGGCUUGCAUGACGUUGCUCACCACAUCACUGACGAUAUUUUUAGCUGCCGCUUUUAAAUGCGGUUUAGC